CAGUAAUCUGCAAAAAACAUACUUUCAAGAAUGACACAAAUUUCAAUGUUCUGCAUCAUCAUGGCUUGCGUUCUUCUUCCAAACAUCGUCGAAAUGAAGCCUUAUAAGAAAUCUGAGAAACUUCCAUUACAUUUCGAUGCGGACGGAUCAUGGAGUAUCAAGUAUGGAGGAUUGACAGUGGGCACGAAUGAGAAGGGAGUUGUGAAAGUGGGGUCUGGUCUGUGUGUGACAAACUUCGAUCUGUCGAAACCGACUGCUGCGGAGUUGUCUUCGAAGAAGGGAACUCGACAGGUGGACACUGCCUGCAAACGUCCUGAUCUGAAGAAGAUUGGCAAGAAGAUUCAGAGUGUGAAGAAAGACAUCAAGGCGGUGAAGGAGGCGAAGUCGAAGAAGGAAUAG